CUUUCUCUCUUUCUCUUACUAGCUACUAAUACUUUUUUUGUAUCAUAAAAGGGUCCUUGUGUGGGUGGUGGCGGAGCUUCAAAGAUAAAAGAGCCACUUUGCACAUCCAAAUCUCUUUGACACCCACUCACUACUCUCCCCUCUCACCAUCUCUCUCUCUCUCUCUCUCGUAAAUUAUUUGUUAAAGGCUUGCCCUUAGCUUGUUCAAGCUCCAUUGAUCUAGAAAACUUGUUAUCAAUUAAUUCUAUCAAGAAACAAAAAAAAUGGAGACAAGGCACAAACUCAAACUCUCACUUCUAGCCCUCUUCAUGCUACUACCCUCAACAAAAUCCUCAACAAUGCCAAAGUCAAGGAUGUUGUACCAGAUUGCAUGCACAAUGUGCUCCACAUGUUGUGGCAGUACCCCAGUUCCAUCACCACCACCACCCUCCCCGCCGCCACCAGCAGCAUCACCACCUCCACCAGCCACCACCGCCAUCUGCCCGCCACCGCCAUCACCACCACCAUCAGGAGGGGGCUCUUACUAUUACUCUCCACCUCCGCCUUCCACUUACACUUACUCCUCACCACCACCACCACAAGGUGGUGUCGUUGGUGGCACUUACUAUCCUCCACCAAAUUACAAGAACUAUCCCACACCCCCACCUCCUAACCCAAUUGUCCCCUACUUCCCUUUUUACUACUACAGCCCCCCGCCUCCUUCCAUGUCUGCUUCUUUCAAGUUGAUGGCUUCUUACAGUACCAGUGUGCUUGUGGGGGUGGUUGCCUUGGUACUUUGCUUGUUUUGAUGGAUAUUAUAAGGAAAGAAAAGAGAAGUGAAAUAAUGUAGCAUGCAGAUUGGCAGAUCCGGGAAAUUAAGUCGCAGCUGAGCUGAUGAUAUCAGAGGGACUGAGUGUCUUGGAUUCUUGAAACUUGGUCCUGUCCACGGUGAACAAGAAAGGGGGGUCCGUCCUCCUUUCACUUUGAUUUGGAUCAAGACAUUAGAGAUUUUUGGCACAGAAACCAUGAGCCCAUCUGACAAUUGUGAGGAAAAUCACUCUCCUUUUCUCUUGCAGCUGUAAUUCGCUUACCAGACUAGUAUUUUUAUCUCUUAAUUUUACAUUACUCAAGUAAAUUUGUCAUUUUUUUUCUACAAUAACUUUUGUAUUUGCUUGUACUUAGCUUAUAUAAUAAAGCAGUCCCAAACUAUCGGUUGUAAUAAAUAAUUUACUCAAUUAAUUUCCCAGUGCUGUUAUAUA